UGUAUUAGGAUCGGUUAGUUUUAAUCAUGAAUUUUCAUUUUGGCUUAUGAAUUUUUUUUCCCAGUAAUGCUUAACGUACAGUAAUAAAGGGCAUUGUUUCUGUCUAACAAACAUUCUCGCUGCUUCACAUUAGCAGGUGCGAUAGACGUUUUGAUUUGAUUCGGCUUUUGUUUUGCUAAUCACUAGUAUAGAAUACAUGCAUCUUUGCAGUGGCGCCAGGUAUUCCAGACAUUUCAACAGGGCCCGGGCAUCGUUAAAAGGCGAAGAGCGUCCCAGUUAAAGAUUAUAAUGGGAUGAAGAGGAGGUGAGAGCGCGCUUCAUACUGGACUUCAUACUGGGGCUGGCUCUCAGGCAGCAUGACAGAGGAGACAUGCCCCCAGCUGGUGGAUUACUUUGUGGUGGCUGGCCUGACGCCCGGCUCCAAGCCUCUGGACGAGGAGGGCCCGCAGCGGGCAGCGCGGCCGGUGGAGGCCGUGACGGAGCUGGCAGUCAUCGCACGCUCCCUGGGCGAGGACGUGCCCGAGGGCUUCACCUGCAUCGAGAAGACUCAGGGCGGGCACACAGCGGAGCUGAGCGCUGGGCUGCUCAACAACCCACACAUGUACCUGUGCUACAAGAGAGGCAGAGACAAGGCGCCGAUACUCGACCUGGGGGUCCUGUACGAAGGGAAGGAGACCCUGAAGCCAGGCUGGUAUGCAAUCGAGACCACUCCCUACAGCCGCUCUGCUAACCUGGGAUCUGGGGGUCCCGGGACCCAGCGCACCUUCAUCACGUACCGGCGCGCCCCUGACUCGCAGGCCCUCAACACGCUGGGCGUGACGGACAUCUCCCUCAUCCUGCCCAGCAAGGGGGAGAGCGCCCCGCACACCUACUGCAAGGUGGACAAGAAUCUCAACACAGGCCUGUGGGGUCCAGCGCUUUAUCUCUGCUACAAGAGAGCUGUCGCAAAGGCCAACGCCCUACUCUGCGAAGCAGGGCUGCUCAGCCGCUACCCCGAGGCAGACACUGCCUCCUUCCCCCUGCCCGACUCUGUGCCAGAGUUCUGUCUGCCCAUGGGAGCCACCAUCGAGAGCUGGCCCCUCAACACCAAGUACCAGCUCCCUGUCUUCUCAACAUUCGUGCUGACCAGCGCCUCUGCAGACAAGGUGUACGGCGCUGCUCUCCAGUUCCAUGAGGCGUAUCCACGGGAACGCUUGAAGGACAAGCAGUGUCUGCGGCUGGGAUUGGUCAGUGUGAUCGACCGCCGGCCAAUCACCAACCGCAUGGUGCAGGUGAAGAAGAGCAUCUGUGUGCUGUCCCACUGGCCCUUGUUCGACGUCUUCCAGAAGUUUCUAACCUUCAUCUACCGCUACUCCAUCUCGGGCCCCCACGUCCUCCCCAUAGAAAAGCACAUCUCCAGCUUCAUGCACAAUGUGCCCUUCCCCUCUCCACAGAGACCCCGCAUACUGGUGCAGCUCUCCCCCUAUGACAACCUGCUGCUGUGCCAACCAGUGUCUUCACCGCUGCCUCUCAGUGGAGCUAGUUUCGUGAAGCUGCUCCAGAACCUGGGCCCAGAGAACGCUGCCUCUCUGCUGCUGGCUGUGCUGAGCGAGAGCAAGCUGCUGCUGCACUCACUGAGACCGGACGUGCUGACCAGCGUGGGCGAGGCCCUCGUCUCUAUGACCUUCCCCCUGCGCUGGCAGUGCCCCUACAUCCCCCUGUGCCCCCUGACCCUGGCAGACGUGCUGUGCGCACCCAUGCCCUUCAUCGUGGGCAUCCACUCCAGCUACUUCGACCUCUACGACCCCCCCAACGAUGUCAUCUGUGUGGACCUGGACACCAACACCAUCUUCCAGAAUGAGGAUAAGAAGGUGCUGUCAUGGCGGGCGUUGCCUCGGAAACCAUGUAAAGCGCUGCUGCACACGCUGGGGACACUCCACCAGCAACUGGAGAAGAUGUACACCCCUGCUCUGGAGGAGGCUACUCUGGAGUUCCUGCUCACGGAUUAUGAUCUGAUCUACGGGCGCCGCAAGCAGCUGGAGCUGGAGAUCCAGGAGGCCUUCCUGCGUUUCAUGAGCUGCCUGCUGCGGGGGUACCGCUCCUACCUGCUCCCCAUCACACAGGCCCCCUCGGACCGGACCACCGACUCCAGCUCCCUCUUCAACCUGCAGGGGUUCCUGAAGUCUCGAGAGCGCACUCAUCAGAAGGUGUUCUCUCUGCUCACCCGCACUCAGAUGUUCACUCAGUUCAUCGAGGAGUGCUCCUUCGUCAGCGACCGGCACGUCUGCCUCGAGUUCUUCGACGGGUGUGUGGAGAAGGUGGAUGUAGAGAAGCCGGGGCAGGUGCGCCUCAUUGACCUGGAUGAAGCGCACAGCGGGGAGCGCACCGUGUUCAUCAUGCCCCCUGAGGAGCCACAGGGGCCUGACGGCUCGGAGUGCCCUGCCCUCUACAGGUACGAUGUGUUCCCUUCCCUCAGGAUGGAGCUGUUCGACCAGCCCCAGGAUCUGCUCAAGGUCCAGGCCCGAGGCAGCGCCCCCAGCAGCCCUGCCCCCCGCAGGACAAAGCAGGAGAUCAAGCUGGCACAGAAGAGAGCUCAGAAGUACUCUGCAGUUCCCGAGAUGUGGUCCAAGUGUCUGCUGGGGCACUGCUACGGGCUGUGGUUCAUCUACCUGCCCGUCUUCGUGCAAGCCGAGAGCUCCAAGGUGCGCGUGCUGCAGACUGCCUACGAGGUGCUGAAGCACAUGGAGACGAGGAAGGUGGUGCUGCCUGACGAGGUGUGCUACCGGAUCCUGAUGCAGCUCUGUGGUCAGUACGGUCAGCCAGUCCUGGCUGUCAGAGUGCUGCUGGAGAUGAAGAGGGCCGGCAUCACUCCCAACACCAUCACAUACGGCUACUACAACAAGGCGGUGCUGGAGAGCAAAUGGCCGUCCACUAAUCAGGGUGUCCGUCUGCGAUGGGCCAAACUGCGCAACGUGGUGCUGGCCGUGGCCCAUUUCCGGCAGCCAAUCAAACAGUGGCAGCAGCAACAGAGGAUGGCAUACAAUAACCCCCCAGAUAUCGUGGUGGAUCGAGCCUCGAAGGCACACCCCCAGUGCAGUCUUAUUCGCCAGUCAAGCUGGAGCGGGCUGAGUGACGACUCCAGCCACGAAUCCCUGAGCGGCCCCCUGAUCAAGAGCAACAGCCUGAGCAGCAUGCGAGGCCACAUGGAGAAAUCCAAGGACCUCCGGAGGGCCACCCUGAAGGGUCUGGGUGCCCCCGGCAAGGACAGCAGCGCCUCUCAUAAGCCCCCCAGUGGCCGGAUGCUGCAGCGCAGCGAGGUGUGCCUCUCCACCUUCUCCAGGGACUUCGCUGAGACAGAAGGCCGAGAGAGGAGCUACAGCUGCCAGCCUGGAGACCCAGGCAAGCAGGGAGGCAGGCGGCACUUGCUGGAGCUGGAGAGCGGCAGGGGGGGCCGUGGGAAGAAGGUGGUUGAUGAAAACUGUAACCACGUUCCGUCGCCGGGGCGGGGCCUGGCGGGAAAGCUGCAGAAGCUCCUCAGUCCGACCAAGCACCGGGGCACAGUGUGCCACACAGCCAGCAUGGAGGACCGGCAGCACAGCGGCUCCGAGCACAGGCAGUCCCGCAGGGGCCACGUCACGGACAAGCUGCUGAGGGCCAAGGAGCGGCUGUCCACUGCAGCCUCCGAGAGCUCCCUGUCUGCUGGAUGCGACUUGGAAGUAUCCGACUCCACCCCCCUGACCUUUCACCCCAGGAAGUCGUCCGAUUCCAGCCAGGAGGUGCCGGGAAUGGAGGUGCUGAUGUCGAGCUGUUCGUUGUGUCGCAGUUGUAACUCUCUGGUGUACGAUGAGGAGAUCAUGGCUGGCUGGACCUCCGACGACUCCAAUCUCAACUCUAGCUGCCCCUACUGCUCUGGCAGCUUCGUCCCUCUGCUCAACGUGGAGUUCAGUGCCCAACCGCCAGUGCCCAGUUCUGUGAAGGGAUCGUCGAGUGCUGAGAUCUCCCUGGUCUCUGACAGCGCUGUGGAGCCCCCUGCUGCUCAGGACUGCUUUCUCAAUGGGCUGAGCGAGGAGGACUCUGCCUCGGACUGCAGCAGCCGCCUGUCUGACGGGAGCUCCAUGGCGUCGGUGCCCAGCAACGCGGGGGGCCCCACCCAGGGGGUGACGGUGGCGUACCUGAGCCCGCUGGUCCUGCGCAAGGAGCUGGAGAGUCUGCUGGAAAACGAGGGUGACGGGGUGCUGGCCCAGCCGCAGCUCAUUGACAGCCACCCCAUCAUCUACUGGAACCUGGUGUGGUACUUCCAGCGCCUGGGGCUGCCCAGCAAUCUGCUGGCACUGCUCUCCACCUCGCAGCCUGGCUCCCAGCUCACACAGACCUCCCCUGACGAGAGCUGUGCUGUGCGGGUUCGACUCAUGUGGGAUACCCUGAGCCCUGACGUGGACCACUGGCCCCCGCUCUACAUCCUGUGGAGGAUGCACAGCGGGGUGCCCACUCGCAGUCACGGCUGGCGGAGACACAACCACCCCUUCACCCUGGGCUUCCUGGAGGAGGUGCUGCGCUGGGUCGGCAUGAACGAGGUGCACAAGGCCGUCUCCCUCUUCCUGGAGACUGUCGGCACGCAGCCCGGACCCCCGAGAGUGCAAAGGAGUCUAUAUCGAGAGAUUCUCUUCCUAACCCUGGCUGCAAUGGGCAAAGACAAUGUCGUUGCUUUCGAUAAGAAGUACAAGACUGCCUACAGCCGUCUGUGUGGCUCACUGGGGAAGGAGGAACUGCGCAAGAACAGAGUCCAGCCCCCCAGCACCAAGGCAGUGGACUGUCGCAAAUCCUUCCUGGUGCCACUGGAGUGCUGAUCCCCUGGCACGCCACAUGAGGGCACCAGCGAGACAUGGCUCAGGAGCAGCAAGAGAAAAGGGGAGGGGCAUCAGAAAGCACUGAGGAGAGAAGCAGCAGAACUGUGAACCACCCCUCUGAGCGUGCCAAGGGAAAAUAGUAGUAGUAAUAAUAACUUUUUUUUUUUCUUGUAAUAUAUAUAUAAUUUUCCAUUUUAUUGAACAUUGGGGGAAGAGCAGCUAAGCUGUAUAUAGUUGAUAAUUUAAUUAAUGCAAGACGAAUUACAGGGGCUCAGGAAUAUCUAUGGGAGAGAUUGACCACAUUAUAGCUGCCGAUCCCAGAUAAUAUUUCCAUACAGUAAAACCUGAACUAAGUUCUGCUCUUAACCAGCUAGUACACCACAGAGCAGAUUCGAUGCAAGGGAUUUACGAAGGCUCUGUUAAUGCAGGUUUUACUGUAGAAACCCAGUAACCCUCUGCUGUAUGUUUUGCUAGCUUAGUUUGCGUCCCCUGGUAUUAUUUAUAUCAGGAGUACGCUACUUCACAUGCCUUAGUCUUAGUUUAUUUUACUGCCCCUUUUUGUUUGCACUGAACAGUGGUGCAGUCGAGUCAGAACUUGCAUAACAGGCAAGCUAAGUGACAUGACUCCGCUCUCCCACACAACUGCCUGAUUCAGUCAGUCAGUCUUCUGGAUGCAAUGAAAAGAGCAUUAGGAACUUCUAUUAUGAACUUGAGAAGGCUAAAAAUGCCUACGAAGAUGACGGCCACAGACAGUGCAUCGACUAUGACUGUGUAGAAAAUGAGACGUUCAGCAUACAAGUAGAAUGUGAAUUCAUAUAAUAAUUCUUGUUUAAGGAAAUCGUUAUUUCAGUGACGUUCCGGUACCUUCAGAUUUAGGACUGAGUGGCUCUUGUUACAAGUAUAUAUUUUUAUGUUUGGGUGCUUUGACCAUGAGUUCAGGGGCUGCUCUUUAGUUCUAGUUGCCUGCCUGCUGUAGACAUAAUGUAGUUUCUCUUAUUUUAGUAAGCACCAGCGCCAUCUAGUGCACAGCCACUGUAUUGCCAGCAAAACAAAAGGAGCCGAAGUGGUAGAUCACUGGAUGGCGCUGGCUCUUCUAUAAAGACACUGACUGAUCUAGCCCAUGUUGCAUAUGUCUGUGGCAAGCAACUAGGACUGAAGAGCAGCUCCUGAACUUGGAUUCAAUGCACAUUAACACAGAGUUUAAACACAACGUGGUAACUGCAAAAAGAACCACUCCCGAUGAUUGCAAACAUCACAAUAAGGUAAAGGGACAGUAAAAAAAAAACAAAAAAACAUUUUUAACAGUUGUAAAGCUGCUUACGUCAUUGUCUUUUUUUUUUCUUAGACAUUUUUAACAGUUGUAAAACUGAACAAGGCUAUGGAAUAUUCAGCAAGUCAAUGUUCUCAGGAAAACAGUUUUGUAUGGGGUUGGGAGUUUGUUACACAAUUGAUCAAAGAGUUUCGCAUCAUAGUUUGAAAGAGAUGGUGAUACUUAAAACUUAAUAACUUAAUAUAUUCGUGCUGUUUUAGAUCCAUUUUCUGUGUCAGUCAGCACAUCCUGGUGGCAUUUCAAGUUUAAAGCAGCCCUGUGGCCUCAAUAGAGCUCUUAGAAUCAUGUCUGACUUCCAGCUGGUACACCAGAGUGUAACCAUUAACCCGUCCCCCUGCAACACACAGCCUCCAAUGGAACAUGUGUAGUAUUUCUUACAUCCAAUUGGGGCUUGAGUGUUGCAGGGGGGGCAGGUUAAUGGUUACGCUGUAGAGAGAAGACAUGUUUGAGAGCUCUAUAGAAGCCACUCAGGGUGGUCUUUAAACUUUAUAAUCAGGAAAUGAUGACAGAAAUAGAAAGUGAUACAAAGUGAAUGUAGAGAGAACGAAGCUGACAACUUUCACAUGCCUGAGAGAGGAAACAUAAACUGUGACACUGAACCUUUCAGUAACACCAUGCUUUAAAGAAACACAAACCAAGCACUGAAUGCCCGAUUACACACAAGCCUGCUGGAAAUGGCAGAUCAUUCUGUUUUAUUUUAUUUUUUCAACUCCUGUAUAGCCGGUCCAAAUUCCUGUUUGUCACAACAGAGUGUUCAUAGAAGCUCAUUCAGGUAGUAUAAUAAAAAAUAAUUCAUCAGAUUUUUAUAUAUAUAUACAUAUAUAUAUACACACACAUACACAUAGACAUACACGCACGCGCACACACACAGAGAUAUGUAGAUAUACAGAGAUUUAUUCAGCAUGUUUCAAAAUUAGGCUUGGUUCAAGUUUUGUAUUUUUAAACAUAUUUCUGUUUGAUGUUUGUUAAGAGUGUAGUUAUACUAAAAGAAACGUAGGUGUUGGUUUGAUCACGCCAAUACCCUGAUAAGGCAGGUUUCAUAGAGUAUUUUACAGCACUGUAAAUCGCAAUUUUGGGUUAUCCCGGAAUAACCAUGGAUAGGUAGUUGAUGCAAUCCGGGGUCCUGGUGCUGUAAAAUGCUUUAAAAACAAGGAGGGUGUGAAGCUUGAUCAGUUUGACCCCCAAGUGUCUCUCAGUAUUGUGACACAUCCUACCCUUUUGAGUGUUUUGUAUGUUUAUUGAGGAAGCCCAGAAGCAGGUAGGCUUGUAGAGAAUGUGAUGGGGUCCAGUGUGGCUCGUAUUGGACCCAGCUGUUACUGCUGUGAUCUGUGAAAGCACUGACGUGUUUGUGUUUGGCUUGUCGCUAAUUCUGUUUGGGCUUCUCCUCCAAGUAGAAUCUAAGUCACUUCUGUAUUUACUGUAGGAAUUUGGAUUAUAGAAAAGAGCAGAGAAUGUCAGGUUUGUAGCUAAAAUCCAACCUGUCCUGCACUUUCAUACACUGUGCACAGUACUGAAAUGCUAUAGCAGCCACAGUGCUUUACAUACAUCUAUGUUUAAUUAUAUUAAAAUACAUUAUCAUCCAUGGAUUUCCACAUGGACAGUUUCAAUUACAGCAUUUUACAAUUGAAUCAAUCAUUGCAUGAUCCUCAUAAAACAGUAGAUUUUCUGUUAAGUUUUAAGAUUGUAUUUCUGUUUACAGUUUAAACCUUUGCCUUAUGCAAACAAAAAAAGCACAUAUAUAAUAUUGUGUCUAGUACCAUGCCAGAUAACAGAAUUUGGCUGUCUGCAUGCCUUACUUUCAGCUAAGUCUGUUACGCUUCCUGGGUCCCUUCACUUACCAGGGUCUUCUGGAUCAUGUUACUGGCUGGAAGCAUGUCAGUCAACAAAGGGAAGCAGCUGAUUGGUUAAUUACAGGAAUGAAGCCAUUGAAGGGGCGGGAACAAUUUCACCCUCCCAAGUGAGCAAGGAAGUGCAACAGUAACUGAAAACAUGGCUUGUGCAAACUGAGAUUACUUUAACCAAGAGUAGUGGUUUCAUAUAUAAUGUGUUCUAGCACCUUUUUUGAAAACAUGUUUCUUUUAAAACUGCACACUGGCAGCCUAUAUACAGUUGGACAACUGGGAAACGGUCUGGAAUUGAUAGCAUGGACCUGUGCCGUUUAGCUCUAUAGUUCUUAAAAGGGGAGGAGUCUAAACAGAAGCUCUUCCUGUGGGUUGCUGAGGGAGCAGCUGUUUAUGAGCAGUAUUUUUAUGUUUGUGUUAGCUGUGUUGUUUUUUUAUUACUCCUCUGGUUGUUUUUAACUUGAUUUAAGGUUGUGAACAAGCUUGUCCACUGGAUUCCACAGACUGACCUGGAAAAGGGAAUAUAAAUGUCACUGUUUUAUUUUUGUAAAAUAUUUAUUGAAGAUGUUUUCUUUUUUGUUCUCCUUGUGCUGUUCUGUAAAUGCUACUGAUUUGACAUCGCUGACAUGCUUUAAAUGUAUUUUUUAUAAACCUG